GGGGGUGUCUUCGAUGAACGAGCAAGUUUGUAGCGUCGUGUGGAUAUCGUGGUGCAACGGCUGCGAUAACAUGCGCUGUAUCAAUUUCACUCCACGAACGGAAAAGUCUCGGGGACCAAUAAUUGAAUGCACAGAUAGUCGACGGUACCGGAUUUGCUCAAUUGAAGUCGAUAAGAAGCUCACCAUCUCCACCUAGAUGGCGAUUUCGUACACCGAAGUGGCCACAUCUCAUCGACCAUCCGGACUGGUAACGUUUGUUUCGUGGAAGCGCAUCCCAACCCCUUCAAAUCCCCCAGGAGUGAAUCAUGAUUGUGUGAACACGCGGAACGUACCUUUGCACAUUGUCAUUUACUUGCGCCCCCCCUAAUGCUCAGACAGCUGCACACACACACACUAGCAGCACACUGCACUGAUAACGCUCACUGCCAGCUGCCGAUGAUGCUCGACCCCGCUCGCUCGUGCCGCUACGUUCGUUCGUUCGUUCUUGGUUUUGGCGCAAAGUUUGGCCCCAAACGACGAUAACGAAAGGGUUGGAACAGGGCACAGUCGCCAGGUGUUAUCGGCUUCGGUUCUUUAUCUGCAGCAACCCCUCUCGGUUGCUUACACACCGCUACAACCGCAGUUUGCACGCACAGUUUUUCAGUUGGCUAGUGGUCGUCGGUGGCGUAGUCUGACGAUUCCAGGAGACCGUUCUAGAAGCCGAGUAUCCGUCAUGCUACAAGUGGUCAAGCGGCGAAAUUAAAAGUAAAAUUCAGAUCGAUACGAAUCCUGUAGGUGCUGAGUGUUCGAAGACCAGGCAGCUGGCAGGUCCUGUGUUGUGAAUUCGAUUGACAGAAAGCCGCGGUAUUCGUACCGGUGAUCACGUAACGUAGUUGCUCUAAAACGCGAUAUUUAAACAAGUGUUUUGAAGGAGAUUUUUGUUGAACAAGUACAACCGAAGCAUCGCACGACAACAAAUGUGGACUAAAGGCCUAGCUCGUUCUGUGGUCACCCUCUGUUUGCUUCUCAGCAUCUGCGGCAAUAGUUGGUGUGAUGAAGAGGCUGUUGCUGCUGCUGCUGCUGCUGGUGUUGAGGAAGUAGACCACCAGACACAGUCACUUCCGACACCCGUAUCACAUCUGUGUAACUUCACGAAACCUCUGCUCGAUCCGACCGAAAGCGAGGACGAUGGUUACUGUAUCUGCAACACGCACAACGGACAACCCUGGGGCAUACCGGUGGUCGAGAUCAACUGCCGGAACCGCCUUCUGGCGCACGUCUUCGUACCGGGUGUUGAGGAGCAGCUACCCCAGGGAACCGUCCGGUUAGACCUUUCGCACCGAACACUCACCGACGUACCGUGGCUUGCCGGUAGCUCGCUGCACUAUCUACAUCUCGACCACAACGCGAUAACAACGGUCCCCGAUAAGGUGUUUGCUAAUUUGAGCAGCUUACUCGAGCUCCACCUGAGCGGUAACCGUAUCGAGGUGCUGACGACCGAUGCCCUGGCCGGGCUAGCGAUGCUAAAGGUGCUCGAUCUAAGCCACAACCGUCUGCGGGCGAUCGAACUGAACGCCUUCUCGGUCUCGAUCCAUCUGGAGCGUCUCGUGCUAUCGAACAACACGGCGCUCGGUGAGUUCUUUAACCGUACCGGUGAGUCGGACCUGUUUCUACGGCUCGGGGUCACCACACGGCUCAGUACGAUCGAGCUCGAGCGCUGUAACCUAACCGACAUUAGCCUAACGAGCGGAGCCGGACUCGAACGGGCGUUCCUUGGUCACAACCGAUUCCAGCAGUUGACGCAACUACCGAAGCAGCUGACCUAUCUGGAUGUGAGCGGUACACCGAUCCGCUCGCUACCACCCAAGUUCCUACCCUAUCUGCUACACCUGGAUACGCUUAUCAUGCAGGACAUGCCGACGCUGACCACGCUCGAAGCGUACUCGCUGUAUGGGCUGCCCCGGAUGACCUAUCUGAACCUGCAGGGCUCCCGUAACCUCACCACCAUCGACGGCCAUCUGUUUGGACAGAAUGUGGUGCGAAAUGAGACGACGGAUGCGGGAUUGAAACGUCUCGUCCUGGCCGGAACAAGUAUUCGUACGCUGAACGAUUCGUUGCAGAUGGCGUUCGAAAGUCUGCGAGUGCUGGAUCUGCGUGGUGCACCGUUGUACUGUGACUGUAAGUUGCGGUGGUUGCGUGAGAUGCGCAACCUUACCACGACCGGUAUGUGCGUGAAGCCUAGUUCCUUGCGCCGGGCACCGUUUGGACUGGUGCAACCACACCAGUACGAGUGCCGCUCGGAACAGUCCUGGGUUUAUACGGUGUUUAACGUGAUCCUCGGUGUACUGCUGGUUGUUGGGGUUGGUGUCGGUAUCUAUCUGAUCGUGAGAGCGGUCCGACCGGGGCCGCAGGUCGUGUUGCGCCGGGUGGGUGAGACGAGCCCGUACGCCCGAGUUACGAUCGAACCGAAUUCGGCCGAAAACCUCUAAUGGCAGGACGAGAACCCGUAAAUCCGCAAAGACAUGGCCAGACUGAGGAAUAGAAGAUUGAAGACGGUUGCCCAAGGAUAGUGUAGGUUGCAGUUUCCAGUACAGAUAGGUUUAAAGAAAUGUAAGGUUUAGAUACAAUCGUAAAAUACUUUUUAAUCGAAUCAGUGCCAUUAGGAAAGAGUAUUUUAGAUUUAAGAAACAAACAUAGACAUGUUGCAAAAGAUCAAUAGGCAGAACAUAAGCAUAGAGAUAUAAAUAUUGAUUAAAUUUUAAUUAAAAUUAGGUGCGCAUGAGUAUUUUACUCAAUUUGAUAACAUUUUUCAAAUCAAUCUGAGGGUCACCUAUGUACAAUCCAUUUCAUGUUCUGAUCGAAUGUAUGCUGAGAGUCAGGAUCAAUAAUUACUCAAUACUGAUGUAAGCUAAAUAUUAAGCAGUACACUAGGUACGCGGGAAGCAAGGUUGUGAAAGGCCAGGUACAGGAUAAGACGAACCAAAUAAUUCAACAAAUCGUUUAGUGUUUUAUUCCUAAAAGCAUUUAAAAAUAAAGAC